GAGUCACAGGAUUCAGAAGAACACCCGUGGCUGCGACCCACAGCCCACGCCAACCCGCAGCUCUCCGGGCAAUUUUUUUCCCCCUCUCCGAGCGCAGCCUGCGCUCGGGCACUGAUGCGGCUUGCCGCAGCUCGAAGAUGUCUCUGUUCAACCACAUUUUGGAAGACACCGAGUGGGAUUUGAGGCGAGCCGAGAGAGAAAUGCAGAGGCAGGUGCGGCUGCUGGACCGGCAGCUGCGGCACCUGCGGGAGGAGCUGCCCCCCUGCUGCCCCUGCAGCCCCCUGCCGCCUACCCCCUGCCCCUGCCUGCGUCCCCGCGGGACAUCCAGCCACCCGGCAGAGCGUGGCAGGGCCCUGCCGGCCACGGUGGACAUGGAGCAGGAGCUGGUCAGCAAACAAAGAAGAUCUAACAGGAUGCCGAAUGCUUCCUGGGAUCGUAAUGUUUUAGCUGUGAUGGACGUGAAGGGUUUUGACCCCGAGGAAGUCACCGUGAAGGUGAAGGACAGGAAGGUCCAAGUGCUAGCGGAGCACGAGGAGACACACACCACUGCGCGAGGGAGGGAAUAUAACUACAAAAACAUCAGGAAGGAAAUCUCCUUGCCGCCAGGGGUGAGUGAAGACGAGGUGACGUACUCUCUAGGAUCUAACAGGAUCGUGAAGAUUGAAACUGCACACAAGCACUGCCCCUGCCUCAUGAGAUUCUGAGCCACCGGGGUUGACCUGGGCAGGGUCCUUCCUCCUCUCCCUCCUCCCGUGGGCUCCAGGUCCACCCCAUCUGUGGGCACCACCAGCACUUCUGGCCUCUUCCAAAACAAAACAGAGCAUUCAAAAAAAAAAAUGUGUGCGAG